AUGUCUACAUCAAAGAUUGAAAUCCCUUCGUCCAAAUUCCUCCGAGGCAACCACACCGGCCUUGGCUACUGUGCAUGCUCAAGAUGCGGCCGAGAAGGUCAAAUUAUCUGCCAAUCCGUUCGAAUCAACCACAUUGAAGAAAAACGGCUCGAGCUAGAAAAGAUCAAGCUCAGCUUACCUCAGUAUAUCGGCCUACCGGUAACGCCGGGCGAGAAGAAGCUAGAGUACGAAAAAAUCCGUGAAUAUGUUCUGAUGGAGACUGGGAAAACAUUUCCGGUACAAACGGAGGAUGAAAACUUAGACCCCGUCAAGCAGACUAGCCAGGAACUUAUGAAUCCCCAGGCAAUUGCAGUGGCUAAUACUUUCAUGAACGUGUAUUAUCCCGACCAUCGCGAUAAUACGCUAGAAGCGAAAGAUAUACACGGUCCGGAGGGCAAACUACUUGAGUAUGCCUUCGAACAUAGAGUUCGAUUAAAAUAUUUAGAGAUUGUUUCGUUGUGGAAGCGUAUCGAGAAAUUCCAUGGGGAUCAUCAACAUGGCUCAACCAGAGGGACGAUAUCGAUACCGCGUAAUAAAGUUGUGGACUCCAGGGAGACUUUGCCGGAAACCGGCACACCUGCGACUCGACGUUGGAAGCGCUUGAAUUACCUUAACCUCGAUGAAGAACCUAACUUCUUCCCUGGCGUUGUGACAGACAUUGGACGCAUAAUUUGGCUUACGAGACAGGCAAUGGAAUAUGACGGAGAGCUCCUUGGUCGGUAUAACAGAAGGGAACUUGACUCGAUGGCACUUGAGCUUUUUAUGAAGUUUUAUCUCAGUGAGUUAGGAGGUAAGGCAGAUUUUAUGGACUUUAUGAGUGUUAGCAACAUGACGGCGCCAGAUUCUCGGAGUGCUUAUUCUACCUUUCUGGUACGAGAGUGGAACGCGCAAAUACAUCAAGACCUCAAGGAUAUUACAAUUGCGAGGUUUACCGGUGAAUGA